UCCAAUUCUCUCUCAACUUACAUAGAUGUGGGGCCCUGAUUGGGUCGAUGUCAUAUAAUUUUCAUCGAUUAAAAUUGGCUUAUUAAUAAGGUACUAUAGUAGUAACAAAUCGUAUCUUGUUCACAAAGACAAGCUCUGCUAUAAGCAUUAAUGGAAUUCUCAGUCUCACACUUCCUCUUCAUUUCCUGGCUUCUCUUUGUUUUGUAUCUACUAUUCCGCCCAUUUCUCCUCACGAAAACCUUAAAUUACCCUCCAAGCCCGCCGCUCUCACUCCCAAUUCUCGGCCACCUCUAUCUCUUCAAAAAACCCUUGCAUCAAACCCUAGCCAAAAUCUCCCAAAAAUAUGGCCCCAUCCUGCUGCUCCAGUUCGGCUCCCGCCCCGUGCUCGUCGUCUCCUCCCCCGCCGCGACGGAGGAAUGCUUCACCAAGAACGACGUCGUCUUCGCCAAUCGCCCGAGGCUGCUGGCCGGAAAACACCUCGGCUACGGCUAUACCUCCCUCGUCUGGGCCUCCUACGGCGACCACUGGCGCAACCUCCGCCGCAUCGCCACCGUCGAGAUGCUCUCAGCCCACCGCGUCCAGACGUUCGCCGGCGUGCGGCGGGACGAUGUCCGCCGCCUCGUGCGCCGCCUUCUCAGCGGCGGCAGAGAGAGCGAGGACGGAUACCGAGUAGUUGAGAUGAAAUCCGCCUUCUUCGAGAUGACGCUGAACGUGAUGAUGAUGAUGAUCGGCGGGAAGCGAUACUACGACGACGUUCCGGGGAAUUCGGAUGAGAGGUUGAGGUUCAAGGAGAUCGUGACGGAGACUUUCCAAGUCAGCGGCGCCACCAAUAUCGGCGAUUUCGUGCCGAUUUUGCGAUGGUUUGGGAUGGAUAAGAUUGAAAGCAAGCUCAAGGCGUUGCAAGAGAAGAGGGAUAAUUUCAUGCAGGAUUUGAUCGAGGAGCACAGAAAUAUCAAUUCGGAGAAACAGAGGACUACGACGUUGAUCGAUGUGCUUUUGUCGUUACAAGAGAAUGAUCCUCAAAAUUACAAAGAUGAGAUCAUUAGAGGCAUGAUGCAGGUGAUGUUGUCGGCUGGCACGGACACAUCAUCAUCAACAAUGGAAUGGGCAAUGUCGCUCCUACUCAACAAUCCGGACGCACUAAUAAAGGCACGAGCCGAGAUUGACCGUCAGGUCGGUCAUUCUCGACUCGUCGAUGAUUCUGACCUCCCUCACCUGCCCUAUCUACAAAGUGUAAUAAAAGAGACAUUUCGUGUGUGCCCGGUGGGGCCGAUGCUCGUGCCACACGAGUCAUCGGCGGCAUGCACGGUCGGGGGGUACCGGGUGCCACGUGGGACAAUGUUGUUGGUGAAUACAUGGGCCAUACAAAGAGAUCCCAAGGUGUGGGAUCAUCCAAUGGAGUUUAAGCCCGAGAGAUUCAUUGGUAUCGAAGAGAAAAAGGAAGGGUCGUUUGCGUUGAUGCCGUUUGGAUAUGGGAGGAGAGGGUGCCCCGGUGAGAACAUGGCGUUACGUGUCAUAGGCCUAGCCCUCGCAUCACUCAUUCAGUGCUUUGAAUGGGCGCGCCUUGAUAAGGAGAUGGUCGAUAUGGCCGGAUCGCCGGGGCUUACUAUGCCCAAGACUCAGCCGCUUGUGGCGAGAUGUAGGCCACGGUUGGCCGUGGCGGAAUUGCUUAAACAUAUUUGAACUAGUACAAGUAUUUUCGAUAUUAUAUGGAGUAAUUUGUUUAUACCACUAAAAUGUUUAGGGGUUGUCAAAUUAAACAAGGCUAUGCGCUUAGACUCAACAAAUUCUCGACUGAUCCAAAUUUGACAGCUCUAUACCUUUAUAAUAGUGUAAAUGGAGAUGAUCUACUUUUGUAUAAAUAAUCAAUCUGAGGAUUUAGUGUAUAGCUUAAAUUAAAAUGUUAGAUGAGGUCUUGUGUUAUUCAACAAGUAUACGAUUCAAAAAUAAAAUCUGAUUUCUGGUCAAUAAA